AUGCAAUGGCCACCUUGUGAUGACUUUGAAUUAGAUAGCAGAGAUUAUUGGAAGUGUGUUUGUUUAAGUACGGUACAAACUGUGUACCAUCCAGUAGGAACAUGUGGUAUGGGAACUGAUUCAAAAACUUCAGUUGUGAAUAGUCGGCUAAAAGUGCAUGGUGUGAAAAAUCUACGAGUCAUCGACGCAAGUAUAAUGCCAACUAUUACAAGCGGUAAUACCAAUGGUCCAUCAAUGAUGAUCGGCGAAAGAGGUGCAGAGUUAGUAAAAGAAGACUAUGAUAAGUAA